ACUUGUUUGCCUUGAUAACGUUAAUUCGAAUAAAUUUCAUCGAUUUUACAACUUUAAUUUCUACAUUUAUUGUGGAAUAUAAUUAAAAACGUGAAGAAAAUUUGUUUUAAAUAAGAUUACGAGUAUAAAUAAAAGUAAAAAAAGUUUUAUAGAGGUUAACAUUGAAACUGAUAUAGGAAAGGGAACAAUGGGGAGGAGAAAGGAUUCCCUUGUGGGAUACCUGCUUUUAUGUUUUACUUUCGCAGUUUCAUACGUAUCAUCAGAAAAUACUUAUCUAUUUUUAUCACCAAAGACCAUACGACCUAGUCACAACCUUACAAUUCAAAGUUCGCUCCUAGUUGACCCAUUGACCCCUGUUGAAGUUACAGUUACCUUAGAAAAAGAGAUAGAAGUAGAGGUAGGAUUUAGACCAAGACCAAUGCCUAGGCUGCUGAUAAGGAAUGGCAAUGGUCUCCCGGAACCUCCCACGACAUCCGCUCCUACUACAACAACAACAACACCGAUACCAGAACCAAUUGUCACAACAAGGGCUGUCUUGUUUACCAAAGAAGCUCAAGAUAUUGUCCUUCCGAUACCAGAAAAUUUACCGGAAGGUAGAUAUAAACUUAGAAUUGUUGGACAAGGAGGCUUGACUUUUGAAAACUCUACAAGUCUUUCGUAUGACGACAAAAGUCAUUCGAUCUUCAUACAGACGGACAAAGCUAUAUACAAGCCUGGACAAACUGUACAUUUCAGAAUAUUUGGUGUGACCCCAGAUCUCAAGGUCAUUUUUGAUAAGAUGGAUGUGGAUAUUUAUGAUCCCCUAGGAAACAAGAUCAACCAGUAUGAUAUAACAGCAAAGGAGCUCCUGGAAAGUGGAGGCAUUUUUGAAGCCGAGUUGCCCAUGUCUGAUGCCCCUGUGCUCGGAGAUUGGAAAAUUAAAGCAUUACUUGGAAAUGAGAAAGUAGAAAAGUCAUUCACUGUUGACGAGUACGUUUUACCCAAGUUUGAAGUAUCAGUUGACCUACCAUCAUAUGGCAGAACUACUGAUCCAGAUUUUGAAUUUAAGGUUACUGCAACAUAUACGUAUGGAAAACCUGUGAAAGGAAUAGCCGAUGUUAGGAUAAAACUCGAGUAUCCUCGUUUUAAUUGGAUAAAUGGUACAAGAGUGAAGGUCAGCAGUGAAGUGGAACUUCAGUCACCGAUUGAUGGUACGGCGACUUUCAGGGUACCGAUGAAGCAAUUAAAGUCGAUCGACGAGUUUUUGGGGCGACGUUUUCUUGUAUUUGAAGCCAACGUAACGGAAACCCUGACAGGAUCUAAACUCUCAUCAGACCCGGAGAAAGUACAGUUCUUUGACAAACCAAUCAAGCUAGAGUUUCCUUCUUCUCUUCCAGAUAACUUUAAACCAGGUCUUAACUACCUAGCGGUUUUGAAAGUUUCCGAGCAAGAUGAUACUCCGCCGACCAUUAAAAACGGUAAAGUGUCUGUUAACGUGACUUACUACCGGCCUAUUAUUACUACCACGACAACAACCACUACCACCACCACCACCACAACUUCGCCUCUUAUAAUGAACGGUACAAAUGGUACUAUGGUUAAAGAGCUUCAGAUUUCACCAAUGAUUAUCAGGCCGCCCGGAGGUUGGUGGUGGCCUAGAGAAAAAGAAGACAAACAGCCUGAAAUGUUUUUCCCUAUACCACUCGAUGGUUUUAUAGAGAUCCCUAUCAAUAUCCCACCUGAGGUUACACGAGUUGAUAUUGCGGCUGAACAUGAUGGUGUUAAAGCUCACAAAAAUGUUAGAAAAUCAAAUUCUCCCAGUGACAGCUUUAUGCAACUUAGAUUACUCUCAGAUAACUUGAAGGCAGGUGAUACAGCAGGUAUUCAAAUUCGUUCCACUGAUCCAUCUCAGAAAAACGCAGCGUAUCAGGUUUUGUCAAAAGGAAAGAGCGUUGCGUCUGGUAACGUUGAUCUAACACCAGGGAUAUUAAAUUUCCCUGUCACGGCAGAUAUGGCACCUAAAGCUAAACUUAUGCUGUACUACGUCCGACCCGAUGGUGAAGUCGUCGCUGAUGGGCUUAGCUUUAAUGUUGAUGGCAUUUUUGAAAAUCGGGUGAAUAUCAGCUUCGACUCGCCUAAAGUCCGGCCUGCCGAUAAAAUCAGGUUGACGGUUAAUGCAGAUCCUGGAUCAAAGGUUAAUGUGCUGGCCGUUGACAAGAGUGUACUCCUUCUGAAAUCUGGAAACGAUGUAACAAAAGAUGACGUCACAAAAGAAUUGCAAAAGUAUGAUACAAAUGGUGGCGGUCACUUCCCAUGUGAUUGGUUUUGUUGGAGAUGGCCAAUGCCAGCUCGUGGCGACGACGCCCAUGAUGUAUUCAAUAAUGCUGGAUUGGCCUACAUUACCGAUGCUCUUGUAUAUGACCAUCAAGAACCGUGGUCUGGUCCGAUGCCAAUGAUGAUGGCUCGUGGUGGUGGUUUUGGAGGAAGGGUUGCUUUUGCAGCCGCAGGUGCAGGUCCAGCCCCUGCUCCGGAGAUGAAGCAAUUUAAAAAAGCUACACGAGUUAGAAAACUGUUUCCAGAGACUUGGAUGUGGCGGUCACAAUAUUCCCCGUAUGUUUGUUGGUCCAUGCUUCUGUUUGUUCUGUCUUUAUUGUUAACAACCUUCAUGCCGUUUUUCGUGAGCCUUCAUAUGCCAUAUUCCGUUGUACGAGGUGAAAAAGUUAUACUACAAGCAAAUAUCUUCAAUUACAGUCCUUUCCGAAUAUUCAUUGAGCCAAAUGGUGCCGCAGCUGUGUAUUUCCCGAUCAUUCCUAAGAAGAUUGGACAUAUCAAAAUUCAAGCUCAUGCGCAAUCUUUAUAUGCUGCUGAUGCCAUUGAAAAACAACUUCUUGUAAAGCCUGAAGGUACGCCACAUGAAUACAACAUCCCAACUUUAAUCAACCUGAAGCAGACCCCAGAUUUCAGCACCGUAAUUCCAAUAUCAUUCCCGGCUGCCACUGUGCCUGGAUCUGAACGUGUCAUAGUCACUGUUGUUGGAGAUCUGAUGGGACCUAGCAUCAAUGGAUUGGACUCUCUCCUGAAAAUGCCUUAUGGUUGUGGAGAACAAAACAUGCUUAAUUUUGCUCCAAACAUCUUCAUUACUGAAUACCUCGAAGCUACAAACAACUUAGACAUGGGAACAUUUGAAAAAUCUAAAAACUUCAUGAUAAAAGGUUAUCAGCGUGAGUUGACGUAUCAGCAUGGGGAUGGAUCAUUCAGUGCCUUUGGAAAGAAUGACGAUUCUGGAAGCAUGUGGUUGUCUGCAUUUGUCUUGAAAUCAUUUGUACAGGCAAAGCCAUACAUUUUUGUUGAUGAUGAAGUCAUUAAGAAAACUGUUUCAUGGAUCAUUAAAAAUCAAAAUACUAACGGCACGUUCAAGGAACCCGGUCGCGUUCUUCAUAAGGAAAUGCAGGGAGGAUCAACAGCCGGCGAACGUUCUCUUACUGCUUUUGUACUAGCUGCAUUGUUGGAAGCUCGUGUUGUAGAAGGGGUCGACAGUCAAAUAAAUAACAGCGUCGCCUUGGCAAUGCGCUUUUUGGAAGAUCAGUUACCGUUGACAACAGACGUAUAUGAACUGGCAAUUAUUGCUUAUGUCCUAAACCUGGGCGGAAGUCCUCGUGCAAGAGAAGCGCUUGAUAAACUACAGGCUUUAAGUACAACAGAAGGUGGAAUGAAAUACUGGAAGAAAGUGAAUGCAGUGCCUAACCCAGAUAUGAACCCAUGGGAGAAGGAUAAGGGGAAAGCCCUGAAUGUUGAAUUGACCGCCUAUGCCAUGUUGGCCCUUACCGCUGCCAAUAACCAAGAUGACAGCCUUCAGGUUCUAAAAUGGCUCACCAGUCAGCGAAAUCCAAAUGGUGGCUAUGCUUCAACGCAGGAUACAAUAGUUGCCCUGCAAGCCCUAGCAAAGACCGCGGCUAAAGUAUAUUCAAAGGACUUUAACGCCAGUGUCAGUGUUACAGGAUCACCUGGGUCCAAUCUCCGGGAACAGUUUACUGUAACUAAUGACAAUGCAUUAGUGCUACAAAGCCGUGAGCUUCCAGUCAAUAUAUCAGAAGUUAACAUAAAUGCUGUUGGCACAGGUCUGGCAUUAGUCGAGGUUUCUGUCUUCUACCAUAUCGACCGUGAUGACGAUACGCCAAGUUUUUACUUAAAAAUUACUAUUCCAGAGGAAAAUACGAACUUCUUUAUAGUUGAAGCUUGUACAAGUUAUCUAAAGGAAGGUGCAGCUGGUAUGUCUGUGAUAGAGAUUGGGUACCCAUCCGGUUUUACUGCAGAUAAAGAUGGUAUUACAAAACAUAAAUUGCUUAAACGUGUUGAAGAUGGUGAUAAAAAGGUUAUCCUAUAUCUAGACGAGAUAGGGAAGAAUGAAAUGUGUUUCCGGGUACCUAUGGAAAGGUCAGACCUUGUUGCAGGAGCCCAACCUGUCCCAGUGAAAGUUUACGAUUAUUAUGAGCCAACGGACCAAGUGACUUCAUUCUACGUUCCGGAAGCAAUACGUACGUCAGAUGUUUGUGAUAUAUGUGGUAAAUCAUGUGACUUCUGCCAGGAAACGAGAAGGCCAUGGUGGAAACCAUGAGUAGAUCAUCAUCUUAGAUGACGUCAUUUUUCCAGUUUGCCAUAGUCGACUACGUGUAAAAGUGAACAAACACUAACAGUGUUUCUACUUUGCAACACAUUCCGUGUAUUUCAAGUGUCAUAUAUGUACUAUAUCCAAAGAUGGAGAAAUCAAUAAUAAUAAAGAAAUUUAUUCUAUGCUCAUAAUGUAUUAUAUAUAGUGUAUAUUACUUACCAAAUAAAUACUCAUUUCGUA